AUUCCUGAGAUCCAUGGCACUGCGGGUGGCUCCUUUGAAUAGCCAACCCCUCCAGGGCAGAACACUAUGCUGUCUUUGUUUAAUCUGAUCUUUCAGCUAAAUAGGAGAUGGUCACUUAUCCUCACCACUCCCGUGUCCGGCUGCACUGCUAUCACUGAGAAACGGACACACGGGAGAAAGGUAGAGGCUUCAGGCAGAAUAUUUCAGCGUGUGUUUACAAGGCAGGACUGACUUACUCAGCAAUCCUGCUCGGAGAAGCUUCAGCCAAUGAAGAGGCUCUAUCCCAGCUUGCUUGGGGGCUUCUGAGUUUGAGCUGCCUGCAGAAAUGUAAGGCAUUGCUUCCUGGCGCUGAUGGCAAAAUGGGACCCAUCUCCAGUGAUUCCUUGGGCUUCCCAGCUCUGCAGAUCUGGGAGAGAACCUACAUAAACAUAUUGGUGAUGUAGCCAGCUUUCAAGGCUGAGAGAAUCCUUAUGGAUUCGGGAGACUGGUUUUUCAUUUAGAAUUUUCUUUUUCCUUUGGAAGAUGAAAUGCUUCUCUCGUUACCUGCCUUAUAUCUUCAGACCUCCAAACACCAUCCUCUCUUCCAGCUGCCAUACUGAAGGUUUGCACCUGACAGUGACAGCUAAACUCAGCCCAAGGCUUGCAGUAUGCCUCUGAAGUCACAGCAAAAAGUAUUACGUCCUUCCUGGGCAGACAAGUUCUUCACAGGACAAACAGCCUGAAAUGAAGCCCUUCACAGCUGACAUUAUCUCUACGGUAGAAUUCAACCACACGGGAGAGUUACUAGCGACGGGGGACAAGGGGGGUCGGGUCGUAAUAUUUCAGCGAGAACAGGAGAGUAAAAACCAGGUUCAUCGUAGGGGUGAAUACAAUGUUUACAGCACAUUCCAGAGCCAUGAACCCGAGUUCGAUUACCUGAAAAGUUUAGAAAUAGAAGAAAAAAUCAAUAAGAUAAGAUGGCUCCCUCAACAAAACGCAGCUUACUUUCUUCUGUCUACCAACGAUAAAACUGUGAAGCUGUGGAAAGUCAGUGAGCGGGAUAAGAGGCCAGAAGGCUACAACCUGAAAGAUGAGGAGGGCCGGCUCCGGGAUCCUGCCACCAUCACAACCCUGCGGGUGCCUGUCCUGAGACCCAUGGACCUGAUGGUGGAGGCCACCCCACGAAGAGUGUUUGCCAAUGCGCACACGUACCACAUCAACUCUAUAUCUGUCAACAGCGACUAUGAGACCUACAUGUCUGCUGAUGACCUGAGGAUUAAUCUGUGGAACUUUGAGAUAACCAAUCAGAGUUUUAAUAUCGUGGACAUCAAGCCAGCCAACAUGGAGGAGCUCACAGAGGUGAUCACUGCAGCUGAGUUCCACCCCCACCACUGCAACACCUUCGUAUACAGCAGCAGCAAGGGGACAAUCCGGCUGUGUGACAUGCGUGCAUCUGCGCUGUGUGACAGGCACACCAAGUUUUUUGAAGAACCGGAAGAUCCAAGCAACAGAUCGUUUUUCUCUGAAAUCAUCUCUUCAAUUUCGGAUGUGAAAUUCAGCCACAGUGGGAGGUAUAUCAUGACCAGAGACUAUCUGACCGUGAAAGUCUGGGACCUCAACAUGGAAAAUCGCCCCAUUGAGACAUACCAGGUUCAUGACUACCUCCGCAGCAAGUUGUGCUCCCUCUAUGAAAACGACUGCAUUUUUGAUAAAUUUGAGUGUGUAUGGAAUGGGUCAGACAGCGUCAUCAUGACAGGCUCCUACAAUAACUUCUUCAGGAUGUUCGACCGAAACACCAAGCGUGAUGUGACCCUUGAGGCCUCAAGGGAAAACAGCAAACCCCGGGCUAUCCUCAAACCCCGAAAAGUGUGCGUCGGGGGCAAGCGAAGAAAAGAUGAGAUCAGUGUUGACAGUCUGGACUUUAGCAAAAAGAUCUUGCAUACAGCUUGGCAUCCUUCAGAAAACAUUAUAGCAGUGGCGGCUACGAAUAACUUAUAUAUAUUCCAAGACAAGGUUAACUAGAAGGACGAGCUACUACUUAGUCUCACAUACUGAAUACUAGUCAAAACAAGUUUUUAAAUGUUCCUUUGGGUCUUCAUUUUGAUGCAUUGACUUUCAUUUCCCUAUGCAUAAAACAAUUGGAAUAGAACUUUUAAAAGGAGUUCAAUGUUCCCCAACUCCCCAAUUCUAAGAGACGUCUGUCAAACUCGGUAGGCUUGGGACACUUCUGUUUAGACUUGAGAGCUGCCAACUGGCAGGAAUUCUUCCAUAGUCGACUUGAAUUUCUGAUGCGUUCUCGUUCAUUGCCCACUUCUCUCUGGUGGGUUCUGUGUUUUGUUUCUAGGUGUCUGCUGCGAUAAAAUGAGAUUGUCUGUAGUAUUUAAGGAGAAAAAGAGAUAAGGUUUUUUUUUUAAUUAAGCAUUCCAUUUGUUUGAAAAAAAUCAACAACAAAAAAAAAAAAUAAACACUGUUUACUCUUAAGAGUUUCCUCUUUGUGAAAAAUAUAAUAAUAAAUCAGGCCUGGCCAGUAUGUUUCCCACCCAUCUCCUUUUACACAGCUCUACUGAAGCCAGAGACUUAUUUCAUGAGGCUGAGAAAAGGGUACAGAAUGGGAAGGGAGGGGGCCAUCAUGACACUAUUCUGUCCUUCGGUAAGCCCCAUAGAAACAGCCUAGGAAUGUGAUUGGCCAGAGCACCACAAACACUUUAGAGAACUUAAACAGAGUCCUUUCUCCACAGGGCUUCCCAGGGUUUACUUGGCAAGGCCAGCUGAAACCAGAUCCUGCCAUUGCUUGUCACUCUUGCUGUCUUUCUGUUUCCUUUUAAAUGGCUCCAUCUAAACCCCUACCCCCACCCCCGCCUACAUGGACCUUGCCUCUUUCCCUUCAACCUCUGCCAGAGGAUUUGCCCAUUGGCUUCUUAAGGCCGUGCCCCGGUUGCUUAGUAUCAGGGGUUCUCAAUAAAGCAUUGAGGUGGAACAGUGUAGCUCCCCUCCCCACAAGAAA